AUCUGCAAAACUUUAGCAGGAAAGGGCCUGACAAGGACGGAUGCAGCAACAGCAGCCCAGAUGGGUAUAAAUUGAGCUGCACCUCUUAGUCUCAGCAUCCAAACCUUCACCUCAGUGACAGAAACAGGCAGGUUCUUCACACCUGUGUGACGGAGCAGCUCAAAGACCGGAAUCAAACAGAAACAAGCGUAAAGACCCUAAAAUGAAACUCCUCUGCGUCGCUGUCGUCUGCCUCAGCAUCUGUGUUGUUUUCAGCACAGCUCUCCCUGUUACUGAGCAGGUGCAACAGAAGGACGGCGGCACCGCUGGGCUUAGUGGACAGGGGGGCACCACACCAACGCAGGUGCAGGUGACGCAGAGGGUCACCGCUGGGACUAAUGGACACGUAGACACCACAAAGACUGCUGUAUACACUAAUCAAAAGCAGGUGCAAGUGACGAACGGGGUCACCGUUGGGCCACAUGAAGAGGUGCAUACCACAAAGAUUGCUGUAAACACUAAUCCAAAGCAGGUGCAAGUGACAAGCGGGGGCACCCCUAGGCCUAAUGAAGAGGGGGCGACUACAAAGAUUGCUGUAAAUACUAAUCCAAAGCAGGUUCAAGUGACGCAGAGGGUCACUGCUGGGACUUAUGGACACGUGGACACCACAAAGGGUGCAGCUUACACUACUCCUAAGCAGGUACAAGUGACAAACGGGGGCACCCCUAGGCCUAAUGAAGAGGGGGUGACCACAAAGAUUGCUGUAAAUACUAAUCCAAAGCAGGUUCAAGUGACGCAGAGGGUCACUGCUGGGACUUAUGGACACGUGGACACCACAAAGGGUGCAGCUUACACUACUCCUAAGCAGACACAAGUGACACAGAAGGUCACUGCUGGGACUUAUGGACACGUGGACACCACAAAGGGUGCAACUUACACUACUCCUAAGCAGACACAAGUGACACAGAAGGUCACUGCUGGGACUUAUGGACACGUGGACACCACAAAGGGUGCAGCUUACACUACUCCUAAGCAGACACAAGUGACACAGAAGGUCACUGCUGGGACUUAUGGACACGUGGACACCACAAAGGGUGCAGCUUACACUACUCCUAAGCAGACACAAGUGACACAGAGGGUCACUGCUGGGACUUAUGGACACGUGGACACCACAAAGGGUGCAGCUUACACUACUCCUAAGCAGACACAAGUGACACAGAAGGUCACUGCUGGGACUUAUGGACACGUGGACACCACAAAGGGUGCAGCUUACACUACUCCUAAGCAGACACAAGUGACACAGAGGGUCACUGCUGGGACUUAUGGACACGUGGACACCACAAAGGGUGCAGCUUACACUACUCCUAAGCAGGUACAAGUGACAAACGGGGGCACCCCUAGGCCUAAUGAAGAGGGGGUGACCACAAAGAUUGCUGUAAAUACUAAUCCAAAGGUGAAAGUGACAGAGAGGGUCACCACCGUUGGGUCUAAUGAAGAGGUGGACACCACAAAGAUCACUGUAAACACCAAUCCAAGGGUCUCCUAAAGGACUCAGACGUUCAUUCCCAUUCCAUCUGUGGAAUCUUCUGUGCAUUUCUAGGAAGCACUCUCAUGUCUGUCUCUGGAAUAUCGUUGAAUUCUUUUCAAGAGAAUGCCACUGAAAUUCUAAUUAAAUAACCUUAAUAAGCAAAUAAUACAAGUAACUGUUUAGAGUUUUAUUUUAAAUUCACAUGUGACCUUUCAAUCCUUUAGCAUUUUAGUAUGUUUUUCUUUUUUGUCUCAUAAAAAAACAAGAAAAUAAACAGGCAAAAUAAAAUUAAA